AUGCCUCAGACAUUAAAUGAAGACAAAGACGAUGGAAGUCUGGCCAGAGAUGAGAAGAAUAAUUCAAACUCUCCCUGCAAUCAUGGCAAGAAAGUGACGGUUUUGAUGUCUUGCGUUGAAAAGAUAGUUGUCCAUCAGGCCUGUGAGCAUGUUCAUCCUCAACUGGGAGAGGAAAAGGAGAGUGUUCAGUUGUAUCGCCAUCCUGAACUGGCUGAUUACGUUGCUAGUGGAGCUUUACAGCCCCACUGGAACCAGGGGUGCCCGGGCCCCGCGGUGAGGAGGCGGGGGCUGCGAGGCGGCGCAGGAGGGAGGAAGUAUUGCCGAUGCACCGUCAGGCCGGACAGGGCGGGGGUACGUCCUAGCCACCGCUCCCGGGGCAGGAACGAGCCGGCGGGGCCCGCUCCCGGCGGGGUCUCCUACCCACGUGGCGGGGCCCUGCUGCGGAAGGGCGUUACUUUCCGGGCAGCCAAUCAGAGCGAGAAUGUGUUUAUUGGUCAAUCCAAAAUCUACAGCUACCUGAAUCCUAACAAAACUCCUGGUGCUCGCCCACCGCUUCAAGAAGAAAACUCUGUCAUGUAUCACGAGGUGAAAUGUCAGGGCAAAACACUAAACGAAACCUACAGGAAAGGAGAUGAAAAAAAGAAUGGUGGCAAUAUAAUUGAAGGUGCUAUGAAACCAGAAGACCAGAAAGACAAAGAAAGUGGGUGCAAUGCUUCGGUGCCCUCCUCUGAUCAAAACCAAGAAACUGUAGAAACCCAAAAGGCGCCCCUGCCUUCAGACUGUGCUGAUGAGGCCAACGCAAAGCCAGCUCAGAAAAAGAUGGUUAAAGCAAAACGUGGACCAAGGAGAAAAACGCAAGGAAGGACACCAAAUCGAAAAGUGACAGAUUAUUACCCAGUUAGAAGAAGUUCCAGGAAGAGCAAAUCUGAAUUGGAGACUGAGGAGAGGAGAAAAAUAGAUGAGCUUAUUACAAGCGGGAAAGAAGAAGGAAUGAAGAUUGAUUACAUCGAUGGUAAGGGGAGAGGAGUGAUCGCUACUAAACAUUUUAAUCGAGGAGAAUUUGUAGUGGAAUAUCAUGGGGAUCUCAUAGAGAUCACUGAUGCUAAAAAGCGAGAAGCUGUGUAUGCUCAAGAUCCAUCCACAGGCUGCUAUAUGUACUAUUUUCAGUACCUCAGCAAAACGUACUGUGUUGAUGCUACAAAAGAAACGAAUCGUCUGGGAAGACUCAUUAAUCACAGCAAAUGUGGCAAUUGUCAAACAAAGCUUCAUGACAUUGACGGUGUGCCUCAUCUCAUACUGAUAGCUUCCAGAGACAUUAAAGCAGGUGAAGAACUGUUGUACGACUAUGGAGACAGGAGCAAAGCUUCCAUUGAAGCUCAUCCAUGGCUGAAACACUAA